AUGGCUUUCACCAUAGUUUUGAAGCAUUUUCUUCACGGAGGUGGGGUAGCCAAAAAGAAGGAAAGCUACCCUCGCUUGCCAGACUUCUGUCAGCUGCAUGACCUGGGAGAGGAAUUGCUGUCUGACAGCGGCUUGACAGUGCAAGAGUUUGAUCUUAUUUUCGAAAACACGGUCUUACGGAACGAUAAUGUGAGAGACCAGCUUCACAAGCUAAAGCUCCACGGAACAGACAGCGCGCUCUUGUUUCUGAAGCUCAGAGGUCUAAAUCCCUGCAGCGUGAGCAGGGAAAAGUUUCUCAUAUGCAUUGAAGGCAACAUUGGCUCGCGAAAGUCAGAUCUGAUGCAGAAGCUUGUGGAAAUUAAUGAACACAAGCCGGAGCAACUGAAAGUUAUCAGGGAACCAGUGAUCAAGGAUCUCCAAGAGGGCCUGGCGCAGUUUGGGGAGGCCUUAAGAGCAGGCGAGCAUGUGUCGGAUCUGCAGAAGCAGGCGAGCUCUGACUUUGAGAAGAAGAUGUUUCAGCACCACUUCCGAGUGGCUACAGAGGAAAGGAAAAUGCAUGUGGUUUCAGAGAGAUCUUUGGAGGCGAAGAUACACGUAUUCAACGCCCUCAGUUGUGAGCAGGGGCGGCUCAUCAAAAGCUAUCGGGAUGACAUGCAGAAAGAAUACAAUGACAAAAUCAAAGGACAUCGGCAGCAUCAACCGCACGUGGUGAUUUUCUUUGAGAUCCCUGUGUCGGAGGCCAUGGACAGAAUCAGAAAACGUGGCCGCAAGAGUGAGGAACAUAUAACGUUGAAUUAUUUGAGAGAGAUCGAGAGGAUGUAUGAAGCCUUGUACCCGCCCGGCGCUCCCAAUGUCAUCCGGGUCAAGUCUGACCAGCCCAUGGAAGAUGUCAUAAAUGGCCUGUUGGAGGAAAUCCGCAACGUGCUGAGCAAAGUGCCGACUGCAUCGCCUGCAGCGAUCGACGACUUCCUGAAGUUCUUUCGAGAUGAGCGUCCGGAGCCGUCACAGUGA